CAACCAAAGGGCAACCAAUAAAGGAAGAAUGGAUUGCAUAUAUAUGCCGAGAAAUUUUGAGAGGACUGAGUCAUUUACAUGCUAACAAAAUUAUACAUAGGGAUAUAAAAGGUCAAAAUGUUCUUUUGACAGAUAAUGCUGAAGUUAAGUUAGUUGAUUUUGGUGUAAGUGCUCAGUUGGAUCGGACUAUCGGAAGGCGAAAUACUUUCAUAGGAACGCCUUAUUGGAUGGCCCCAGAGGUAAUUGCCUGUGAUGAAAAUCCUGAUGCAACAUAUGAUAAUAGGAGUGAUCUAUGGUCUCUUGGUAUUACUGCUUUGGAAAUGGCAGAAUCUCAACCACCAUUAUGUGAUAUGCAUCCCAUGCGAGCAUUAUUUCUCAUUCCUCGUAAUCCUCCACCUCGUUUAAAAUCCAAGAAAUGGGCAAAGAAAUUUCACAGCUUUAUUGAAACUGUUUUAGUAAAGGAUUAUCAACAGCGUCCAUACACUGACCAGCUGUUAAAGCACCCAUUUAUUCGAGAUCAGCCUACUGAACGGCAAGUUCGAAUUCAGUUAAAAGACCAUUUAGAUAGGUGUAGAAAGAAUAAAAAAGGUGAAGAAAGAGAUCAUGAAGAUUAUAGAUAUAGUGGAAGUGAUGGAGAAGAAGAAGACAUUCCAGUUCAUAUUAGCUCAAGAAAUGUUAUUGACAGUGAUUCAACAUUAAGAAGAAAUUACCAGGAUGACAGCAGAACUUUGACACCAGGUGCUGGAAACUUCUGCCCUGUGGACACUCCCUUGCCACCUCCUCGACCACCUGUGCCUCCACAAAGGCUUAUAGUUGUGCCAGAUCCACCACCUCCAAGUAAGCCAUUGCCACCUAUUCCUGGAGAAGAAAAGAAACCAGCUACACCACCGAGAAAUCAACAGUUGCAACCUCCUGCGUUACCUCCUAGCAGGAGUGCAGCAGUGAUAAAACCUUGUGCACGGAAGCCUGAGGAUUUAGAUAUCUUGGCAUCCCAUUUGACAGACAUGUCCAUGCUAGAAAAUAAUAAUUCUGGAUCCAGCCCUCUGAGUAGUAAUUUGCUGCCUGCUGUGCCAUGUGACGAAUAUUCUACUUUGAAUGGAAGCUCACCUGAAUUCCCUCCUCCUCCACCUCCUAUUGUUUCUGAUUCUGAUGAUGAUGACGACGAUGAUGAUGAUGAUGAUGAUGGACAAGUUCAAAAUGAUGGUACUCUGUUGGCAUCAGAUCCACCACGGCCCUUACCACCUGAUUGUUAUAACACAGAUACUUUAAGAGCAUUAGUUCAGAAAGUUGCUAGUCAAGCUCCAAAUCGACCUUUGCCUCCUACGCCUGAUGAUGAAGAUGCAAAAGCUUUAUAUCACAAAAAUGAUAAUUCUAAAGAAUUAAGGGAACCUCAAAAUUCUCCAGUGUCGCAAGAAGCUAGUAGACUUCAUGGGCAGCGUCUGGAAUCAUCACAAAGCACACCUGCAAAUAUUGGAAUGGCAGGUUCACGACCACCUGGGGCUCUUCCUGAUCUUUUCCCCCAGCAUUCUUCUCAGCAAGUUUUGGCAUCUAAAGUGGAUCGAUCUGAAGAGCUUCAACAUAAGCAGCGAUCAUUCCUUACUUUUGGGUUUGGUGCUGGCAGUGGUUCAUCUCCUUCUCCUCAGAAACAGUCUCAAAUCAAUGUGAAUGUUACUCCAACUGCACAUGAAACUACACCAGAUACUCCAGAAAUUAGAAAAUAUAAAAAGAGAUUUAAUUCUGAAAUUCUUUGUGCUGCAUUAUGGGGUGUAAACCUUUUAAUUGGCACUGAAAAUGGUCUCAUGCUUCUUGAUAGAAGUGGUCAGGGUAAAGUUUACCAGUUGAUAUCACGAAGGCGAUUUCAGCAAAUGGAAGUAUUGGAAGGUCAAAAUAUAUUAGUUUCAAUCUCGGGGAAGAAAUCCCGUGUACGUGUGUACUAUUUAUCAUGGCUAAAGAGUAAGAUACUGCGCUCUGAUGGGCAAAUUGAAAGACAAAAUGGUUGGAUAAAUGUUGGAGAUUUACAAGGAGCUGUACAUUUUAAAAUAAUGGUGUGGUCUAUACCUCAACAUGGCUUUAAAGACUGGGAAAAUACAUUUCGAAUAUGGAGUGGCAAUGUUAAAUAUGAAAGGAUCAAGUUCCUCGUCAUUGCCUUAAAGGACAGUGUUGAAAUAUAUGCAUGGGCUCCUAAACCUUACCACAAGUUCAUGGCAUUUAAAUCUUUUUCUGAUCUAUUGCAUAAGCCUCUCUUAGUUGACUUAACAGUUGAAGAAAAUAUACGCCUUAAAGUUAUAUUCGGCUCUGCUGAAGGUUUUCAUGCUGUGGAUCUUGAUUCUGGUGCUGUUUAUGAUGUGUACCUUCCAGCACAUUCGCAGGGAUCUAUUAUGCCUCAUGCCAUUGUUACCUUGCCGAAUUCCAAGGGAAUGCAGCUCUUACUGUGUUAUGAUAAUGAAGGUAUUUAUGUAAAUACUUUUGGAAAAGUGAGCAAGAACAUUGUAUUGCAGUGGGGAGAGAUGCCUACAUCAGUGGCUUAUAUUGGAACUGGUCAAGUAAUGGGAUGGGGAAAUAAAGCCAUUGAAAUCCGUAAUGUUGAAACUGGCCAUUUAGAUGGUGUUUUCAUGCACAAAAAGGCUCAAAGAUUAAAGUUUCUAUGUGAAAGAAAUGAGAAGGUAUUUUUUUCGUCUGCAAAAGGAGGGUCUGCUUGUCAAAUAUAUUUUAUGACACUUAGCAAGCCAGGCAUGAAUAACUGGUAGUGAAGUAAAAAGUUUAAGUGCUUCAAGUUUUACAUGUAGCUGUUAAAAUGUGUGUUUCCGUGUGAAAAUAAUUGUACUAUACCGCUCAAUGUAAAACUUUUAUGAGCUGUUUGCUACUUUUGUAAAUAUUAAAGCCAUUUUUAUUUAUGAAUAUUGUGCUUGUUGAAAGUAUUUUAACAAAUUUAUAAAUAAGUUUUCAUUAUAUGUUUUGGUCAAUGUAAUGUGCUCAUGCAUUUAAGUUGUAAUAAAGUUACUGGCUUUCUA